GGGGGAGCUGGGCCCCUCUCUCUGGCCGGCGCUGGCGCUGGCCCUGGGGGGACCGGAGAGCCGGUGGAGAGGGAGGGGAUGGCUUCCACCCUGAGGGGACAAGCCUGCGGCGCCGACGCGGAGCGAGCGUCCCCGCGACCCUUCUUUCGAGCCCCAUGUCUGGCUGGGCCGCCCCAGGCCACGCAGGAGCGGACGAGCAGGGUGCUCCCCGCACCCGGUGUCGGGCAUGACCCUGCUUCUGACGUCAGGAGAUCCUGGGACUUUAUUUCCACAACAGCGCGAAGCUUGGCGGAGUCGGAGUGGGCGUGUCCUCUGCCCGGGACCCUCCCCCGCCCCCGGCCGGUCCGCUCGGCCUCCUGGCGCGCGCGCUCCCGCCCCCGGCCGCAGCAACCUUUAUAACCGCCGGGCGCGGCAAGGGCGGCAUCGCUGCUCCGCAGACUGCUCCAGCGUGCGCGACCCGAGUGCUCGCCGCCUAGUCAAGUUCACGACCAAAGCCCGGCGCCAGGUCCCGUACGUGUCUGAGUGUGUUGAGAGACUCACCACCCUUCCCAACUCUGCUUUUAUUCAGCACCAGAACGUCGACCAUGGCCCCUAAGGGUUGCCGCUCAGACCUGGACCCCAGGUACUACCUGCUCUGUGACAUUAACGCGGCCUGGGGCAUCAUCCUGGAGGCGCUGGCUGCCAUUGGGGCUGUGGGCUCAGUGGUCUUCAUGUUUGCUCUCCUGAUCCUCAUCUGCAAGGUGCAAGAUUCCAACAGGCGGAAGAUGCUCCCGACCCAGUUCCUCUUCCUCAUCGGUGUGCUAGGGCUCUUCGGCCUGACCUUCGCCUUCAUCAUCAGGCUGGACGGGGCCACGGGGCCCACGCGCUUCUUCCUCUUCGGCAUCCUCUUCUCCGUCUGCUUCUCUUGCCUCCUGGUUCACGCAUUCAACCUGACGCAGCUUGUCCGUGGGAGGAAGUCCCUCUCCCUGCUGGUGACCCUGGGCCUGGCUGUGGGCUUCAGCCUGGUGCAGGACGUCAUCGCCAUUGAGUACGUCGUCCUCACCAUGAACAGGACCAACGUCGAUGUCUUCUCCCAGCUCCCUGCUCCUCGUCGCAAUGAAGACUUUGUCCUGCUGCUCAUCUAUGUCCUCCUGCUGAUGGCGCUGACCUUCCUCAUGUCCUCCUGCACCUUCUGCGGGCCCUUCGCUGGCUGGAAGAUACACGGGGCCCACAUCUACCUCGCCACACUCCUGUCCAUUGCCAUCUGGGUGGCGUGGAUCACCCUGCUCUUGAUUCCUACUCCGGGCCCCGCGUGGGAUGACACCAUCCUCAGCACCGCCUUGGUGGCCAAUGGCUGGGUUUUCCUGUUUGUUUAUGUGGGUCCUGAGUUUUGGCUGCUCACCAAUCAGCGCAACCCCACGGAUUAUCCAAUCGAGGACGCCUUUUGUAAACCUCAACACUUGAAGCAGAGCUACGGUAUGGAGAACAGAGCCUUCUCUCAGGACGAAAUGACUCAAGGUCUUGGAGAGAUAGGGGAUACUCUCUAUGCCCCCUACGCCACCCAUUUCCAGCUCCAGAAUCAGCCUCCCCAGAAGGAUUUCUCCAUCCCUCGCGCCCAGGCCCGGGCCAGCCCUUACAACGGCUAUGAAGGAAGGAAAGAGGGCAGCUAACCUGCUUGUCCAGAGCGGGGUGAACACAGCUAGGCCGCCAACCCCACUGGGAGUUCGCCGCGACGCGGGCUCCACGCCGAGUCUCCCGGGAAACCUGCACCGGACGUAACAGGAGCCGCCGGCCUGGCGCCCGCCUCAACCACUCUGCUUGCACGCUGGAGCGCCAGGCCUCAGCAGCCUUCCUCCCACACUUAGGAUUCUUUCUCCAAGCGCGAGUCUCAGGCUGCCCCGGGUUAGGUGCCUGCUGGUCCUGUCCCUUCCCUGUGACCGGAGGCGUGGUCCUCGGCCCCCAGGACUGGCCUGUCCAGCUGCGGGGGCGGCUUCCGUGGGAAUCGUUCGGCCCAGAGCAGAACUGGAAUCAGCAGAACCAGCGAAGGCCUGCCCGCCUGGAUCUCCCCUGGCAGCCGCGCCCUGGCCUGCUUCUCCCCCGACUCCUCGCCUAGGAGCAGGGGCUGAGGCCACCCUGGGCGGACUCACCUCCGUGGCGCUGCCUCUCAGAGGGCUCAACAGCUCCCCGAGCACUCGGCGGGGCACCUUCUGGAACCAUCCCCGCGCUUGGUGUCAGCCCCGGGGCCUCCACCUGUGCUUGGUUUCCUGGACCCCCCCAGCACGGAGGGAGCAUCUGUACGCUGCUGUUGCUGGCAGUUCCAGGCACUGAUGCGCUCCACUCCCCUGCGCCCCAGCCUCUGUAAAUAGAUCACCCUGUACUCACCGCCUGUGCGCUGUAAGCGGGCAUUGUCGACAGGGGGCAGUGUUUGUUGUAUAAUAAGUUAUUCAUCUGCAUAUUCAAUAAAGGUGCAGUGGUGACUCUUUUUUAAAACGUU